GCGGGGAGCUGCCGGCUUCCGGCGGCGCCGGGUCUGAGGGGUUUGUUUAGCCGCGGGUAGGCGCGGGCCUAGUCUCCGCGCCCGCCUGCGUGAGGAACCUUUUGCGUUCUGAACUGUCCCGUAUACUAACUAACAAUCUCUGAGGGGUUCCCGUUGGCCAGACUGAGCACUCUGCGUAUUAAGGCGUCUGGGUUAGGUGAGAACUUUUCGUCAAGCUACCUGCCACCGGACCAGGGAAUCGUUAGAAGGAAAAUUCCUAUCUUUCUCCUAAUAUGGGCUCACGCGCGCGAACUGGGGAGAAGAAGUGGGUGACUGUGGGUGACACGUCCCUUAGGAUAUUUAAGUGGGUUCCUGUGACAGACAGCAAGGAGAAAGAAAAGUCAAAAUCGAACAGUUCCGCAGCCCGGGAACCUAAUGGCUUUCCCUCUGAUGCCUCAGCCAAUUCCUCUCUCCUUCUUGAAUUCCAGGAUGAAAACAGCAACCAGAGCUCCGUGUCUGAUGUCUACCAGCUCAAGGUGGACAGCAGCACCAACUCGAGCCCCAGCCCCCAGCAGAGCGAGUCCUUGAGCCCUGCGCACACCUCUGACUUCCGCACAGACGACUCCCAGCCCCCCACACUGGGCCAGGAGAUCCUUGAGGAGCCCUCCCUGCCUGCCUCAGAAGUUGCUGAUGAACCUCCGACCCUCACGAAGGAAGAACCAGUUCCUCUAGAGACACAGAUUGCUGAGGAAGAGGAAGACUCAAGUGCCCCUCCCCUGAAACGCUUCUGUAUGGACCAGCCUGCAGUGCCGCAGACAGCGUCGGAAAGCUAGCACCACCCUGGCGCCCUUCACCUCCAGGCCCCAUGCCUCUAUUUAUUGCAUUCUGGUUCUGGCUGUGCUGUGUUGCUGGGGUAAGGGCGAGCACCGGGGUCCAGAGCCUGCACCUCAGAGCCUUCUGGGCUGGAAGGUGGACGCGGGACCUGGGGUCGUAGCAUCAUCUUCCCGUCCCCGGCACCUGUGUCUGCCUGAUCCUGAGAAGAGGAGCACUCCUGUCCUCUUUGCACCCCAAGGAGGCUAGCGCCUCAGCCACUCCAGGAUCAUCUGUCACCUCCAGUAGCAGUCUCUGCUCCACAGCCUCUGGAUUGAGCUGCUGGUGCCUCUGCAAGAGGAAAGAGAGGGGGAAGGCACCCUCCAGAGAAGAGCGUGCCGAGGGCUUACUUGAACUUGAAUGGAGACUGUAGAUUCAUGGACUUGCCCAUAGGGUUAGGGACCCUAUAGGCUGCUGUUGGAGAAUGCCUGAGUAGACGCUGGAGGGAAGGGAAGGGCUUAACUCCACACUACGGCAGAAAAGUCCCACCUAGGCUUCAUGCUAUCCUGGCACUUGUACCCAUUCCUGAGGCCAUCCUGCCUCUCAUGGGCUCUCUGGCUGUUGACAGUCCUUUGUCCCCCCACUGUAACCACCCCCUUCCCCCAACACACAUACACGCAUAUACUCGCAGUUGUUUCCACCUGGACAUUUCAUUCCAGUAUCCCCCUGCUUCCCGCCAUGGUCCCCAGCUCUCCUGCCGCAGACUCUGCCCCAGUGAGAAUUUGAGGUUCUGACAGUACUCAUCCCCAUAGUACUUCUUCAGCCCAGACUUUCUAGAAAGUUCCCUUUUCUUUGAAAUCUGCAUGUUUCAUCAAACCUUGUGAUUUUAUUUUUUGUUUCAAAAAAGUUUAAGAAAAUGGAAAUGGACAACGGUGAGUGAAGACAUAUUUUAGCACUGAAUAGAAUAUUUUUAAAAUUAAACUAUUUGAAAUAUG